CUACUAUAUCCUGUUAUGUGACAACAGACGCUCAUCACCACAGGAUAAAGGCAGUCAUCCCUUCUGUCCUCGCAAACACCAUCAAAGCAACUCAAAACACCCACAUCCACCACUUCUCUACAGCCAGCUUCCACCUGCAGUCACCAUGCAGCCCUCAACCCUCCUCGCCGGCCUUCUCCUCUCCCUCAGCACCCUCAUCUCCGCCGAAUGGGGCCUCCGCAGCCCCUUCCCGACCGCCACCACCGUGCCCGUCGAACCUGCCAAGAAGCUCUCCCAGGUCUUCCACGCCAUGUACACCUACGAGACCCACCUCACCGCCGACCCCAAGUACGCCUCUGUCACCGAGGUCGUGCACGACUACCUCGCCACCGCGACCGAUGUCCCCGCGGCUGUUACCGAGACCGGCACGACGACUAUGUAUACGACGGUGCCGAAGUGGUUCACGGGCUUGCCCGGCGAUGUGCAGCAGUACUUCGUCAGUGUUGCCGAGGUGAAGGCCAGUAUCGCCAACAGUGUGUGGGAGGCGGCGGCGCCGAGGGCGACGCCGGCGGCUGGAGGCAGGGGCGUGUCAGGCGCGGCGGGUGUUGCGGCGGUGGGCGCGGUGGGUGCGAUGCUUCUUUGAGGGGCUGCGAUGCCUCUUUGAGGGGGUACGAUGCUUCUCUGAGGGUGUUGCAAUGGUGGGAUCCGCUCUGACGUUCUUGCCCAGCUGAGGACGGUUUCGGCUACAGAUUCAGGCGGGUCGGGCUCUAUUGAGUAACGCGUUUAUGUCUUCUUCUCUUGCUUUUCGCUGUCGUUAGGCUCUACGCAAUAACGAGCUCAUGUCCUCGUCUCUUGCUUUUCGCGGUCGUUGUCGCCGUCUUUCGUGACUGUGAACUGAGGUGCUACGUUUGCAUGGCUAAUUGAAAGUUGAUG